CCUUUUUAUUUUUAUUUUAUUUAGCUCUAUGAAUUAUAUUUGGGACCUCGGCAUCUGCCCCAAAACCAUGCCUACUGAGGUUUACAACGGAAUUCCAGGCAAGCACACUUGGCCGUGUUCUGUUCUACCAGAUGAAGUAGCAUGUCUAUGCAGGAAAUUGGAUGAACAAUUGGCUGAAGGAAUGGUCAUUGACGCCGGAAAUGCUGAGGGACGGGAGCUGCGCUCUGUCACCCUGUUCUACGAAACUCUGUAAGCACCGAUGGUUUAUACGCAACGUUGAUACCGCAUCUGUGCAUGCCGAAGCUCACGCCAUCAUUCUCCAUUGCUCAUAGGGAGAUGAAGCUCCCGACUGAGUACCUUUCGUUUGAGAGCGAUACUGAGGGUACCUACUGCCACGGUGCCGUUGACGCCCUGUUCACGAGGCAGUUCCCUGCUAAGUCAGUCUUCAAGCUUGACUGGGCCAACAAGGAGUCAGAGGGGUCGAAAGAGCGCCGCGGCAACAGAUAUAAGCCCAAUGCCAUCAUCAGCAGGUACAAGCGGGAGCUCGCCUUUGUGAAAGUGAAGCCGCCAAGAGAGCAGGAAUGUGGGCGUUCCUAUCUGAAAGACUUGUGGAAACUCGCGAACCUGUGCAAGGACUCAAUCGAUACACACCUCUUGAGGGGCCAUGACAUAAGACAGGCAGCCGCAGUCCAAAUCUUUGGUCAGUCGCAGAGUUUGCCUUUGCAUACAGAUGGCUUCUGAAUGUCAUACAUUAUCGGCUAACAACAUGAUGGAUUUGAUGAGAUAAGGCACCGCAUGGUUCUGUACACCAUGGUGUAUGAGCAUGGGGUAUAUCAUUGGGCGAAGUCCUGCGUCGCGUUCAUUCCGUGCGACCAGACAGACUCAGGUCGGGUGGCAUCCUGUCUGCG